AUGGUUCUCGGCAAAGUCGCACAUUACGCCUUCGAUGCGGUAUUAAUAUCCGCCUUCCUCGCCGGCGUCCGCCGCUCAACUGGCCUCACGUAUGUCCCCAUCCAUCCCUUCAAGCGCCACCCAACCCACCUCUCCUCCACAACCCCCCGUUUCGUCGCCGCGCAAAACUACAAGAUCGGAGCUAAAGCUAAACCCAGACCCAGUGUGAAGCCAGAUACUUUCGGCGAAAACCCCAGCGCCCAGAAAUGGUUCGAGAGCUACCUCUGGGUCGGCGAGACGGUCAUGGACCAAAGCGUCGCCUUCUUCGGUUCCAGUUCCUACUUUGAGCGCAAGCGAUAG